UAUCGGUGGCAUUUUUUUUAGCUUUUUCGAGUGGCCGAAAGUAAAAAUCUGAAAACCUGAGGUGUACACACAUUACUGCCCAGAAACAGAGGAAACAGGGCGAAAAGAAAACUACGAAAGUGGUUGCUCUGCCAUGUAGGUGUAUGUGUGAGUGUGUGAGAGGAAUGCUGCCUGUCUAUGUAUCACGUUUCGCAUACUGUGUUUGUGUCUGUGUAGUGUUGUAUAGUGCAUAAAUUAUGGAAUUUCGGAUUUCUUUCGAGUUUCGUUUUAGUUUCAGAUUUUUCCCUUAAUCGAUCUGUUCUCUCUCUCGCUUGAAAAGGUUGCAUCCCCAAGAGAUGCACAAAGAGCGAGAGAGAGAGAAAAACAGACGCCGCCACUAACGCACACGCACACCAAUGCAAAUGCAGUUAGCUGGUAAAACUUGUUUUCUCCCUCUCUCUCUCUCUCUCUCUCUCUGCAAAAAAGAGCAAAAGCCGCUAUUCGGCCGCUACUCGUUCUCUCGCCACUCGCCGCUGCUACAACUACAAACAGACAGACUAUAUACCUUAUAUAUGGCCGAUUCAAAGCUAGGCGAGCAAAAUUUCCAUUGUGUGUGGCGGCCAGCGUUCGCAGUCGGUUCGAAAAUUUCUGACUCGUCAUUUGUGCGCAAAAAAACACAAAAUACUUCGCCAGAAAUGCAAGCCUGACUAUAACAAACAACAACAACAACAGCAACAUGCAUAAUUCUACAGUGUGUGUGUUUCAUUGCCAAAGCAACGUUUACGUUUAAAUUCUCUCCUGAGAGAGAGCAAAUAAAUACAAAAUACACAUAAAUAAAUAAAUAAAUCAAAUCAAAACCAAACAACCAAACAUCAAAUAGCAAAUUACAAACAUAAUUCAACAACAAAAUAUCGAAAGCAAAAAAACGAGACGAAAGAGAGUUUCAAUAUUUGUGUAUCCGUGUGUCUCUCACUCUCUCUCGCGUGUGUGUCCGUGCCUAUAUCUGUGUAUGUGGUGUGUGUGUCUGCGUGCAGCAGAAUCAAUAAUAAAAAAUAAUAUCCCAAAAAAGAAGAAAAAUCAAGCAAGCAAAUGUGCAAAAUACUAGAGAAUUUAGAAAUUAUCAACAAAUAACAACACUGGAUAAAUAACAAUAAUAGCAAUACACUAUAAGCAACAACGUUGAGAAAAUGAGGUGCUGCUGUGCGAAGAAAACAAGCCAAGAACUAUGACGCAUCAAAAUCAUCAGACAAACGGCGCAAGUUUGGAGGAUUGCCACACAAACUUUUACGCCUUGACUGAUUUAUGUGGAAUAAAAUGGAAGAAGUUCGUUAACGGGGAGCGGCCGAACGCAUCAAGCGAUCCUUUGGCAGACCCAAUACUUCGCUCCUAUUCGCGAUGCAUCCAGGCGGACAUGCUGUGCGUCUGGAGGAGGGUCCAAUCCACGAAAACGGACAACGCCGAACCCAAUGCCUUAACCUUCGAGAUCACCACCUCGACCAAGGUUCACCCGCCCCUUUCGCUGGCCGCCGCUAAGGAGCUUUGGAUCUUCUGGUAUGGCGAGGAGCCCGAUCUCAAUGAACUGGUCGACGCCGAGCUGAUCAGAGUAGCGGCCAACCAAGCGCUUUGGAAUGGCACCUGGAAAGGAGCCCUCACCUACGAGUGCCGAUCGCUGCUGUUCAAAGCGCUGCACAAUCUCAUGGAGAGGUUCGUGCUCACCAAGGACAUUGUUCGAUUCGGCAAAUGGUUCGUGCAGCCCUGCACCUCCAGCGAUCGUCUCUUUGGACGAAGCUCCCAGCACUUAUCCUUCUCAUUCACGUUCUUCGUUCACGGCGACACCGUCUGCGCCUCCAUAGAUCUGCGCGAGCAUCCCGCCGUUCGUCCGCUGACCAAGGAGCAUUUGGCCGAGGCGGCGGCCGCUUUUGCAGCGGCCAGUUCCCCGCCAGGAUCGGCAGGAUCUGCGGCGUCAGCAGGCGGAGCAGUGCCUAAUCCUGGUCAAGAUCCGAAUGGAGCCGGUAUGGAGCCACUGGAUGGUGGCGAAGGAGCAGCUAAAGCGGCGCCACCGGCGCAUGCACGCAAGGUGAUGUUGGCCCCGUUUGGAAUCGCGGCCAUACUCACCGGCAAUAGCUACAAGGCCAGCGAUCCCAUAGCCGAGAAGAUCCUCGAGGACUGGGCCUCGUUUUUUCCGCUGUGCAAUAAGGAUAACACGGACGUGCCACCCGUGGUGGAAGUGGUUUCGGGUGGUCAUAAGAUGUAUCAUCCCACGAACUACGUACUAGUCACAGAUCUGGACGACAUGGAGCACAUGGAGUUCGUCGAGAUGCAGAAGAUGCAAAGUUCGGUGAGCGGAGCGGCGGCUGAGGCUUCUGGUUUGGCCUCGCUCUCCUAUCCACCGGGUGCUGCGGCUGCUCCUCCUUCUCUAGGAGCGGGUCCUUCUGCUACAGCGAUUCCCAUGGGCCCUGCUUCCCUUAAUGCUCCAGGAGGAGGAGCAGUUUCCUCUGCCUCCUCCGCCUCCGCCAAAGAGGUAUCCUGCAAGGCAGCUCCUCAAGCGGUCAGCGCCCUGGAGCGUCUCGCCUUCCAGCCCUACUAUGAUCAACGGCCCACCUCGGGCUUCACCUUUAAUACCAACAAUACUCACAUACCCGCCUCGGCUGCUGUGGAAAUGCCAGAACGAACUUGGCAGGAUUGCGUGAUGAACACGCUCCACGUGGAUGCUGCAGCGGCGGCAGCAGCAAUGGCAUCUUCUACACCUUCCUCCGGAACUGGGGCAUCGACAGAUGGCGACGAGAAUGAGCAGAAUAAACCGCCGCAGCAGGAUUCCAAGCAACAGGUGCAGCAGCAGAUUCAACAGCAGCAGCAACAGCAGCGUCAGAAGCUCUGGAACUUUGUGGAUCCCAUGCAAAAGGCGCCCUGCAUAUGCACAAACGCCCAAUGCAGCAGCAUCAGUAGCAACAGCAACAUUAGCAACAGCCACAUUAGCAACAUCAGCAACAACAAGCGACCACAGCAACCGCUGGGAUCGCCGGCAUUGCGAGCAGCAGUUACCGGUGCCAGCGGCAAUAAGUCGUCAUCAUCUUCAUCGUCGUCGUCCUACCAACAACAUUACCACCAGCAACAUCUGCAGCAGCAACAGCGACCGGGAACGCCUGUGCCACCGGCAUCAGCAUCAGCAGCAGCAGCAGCAGCUACAUCGCAUCAUUCCAGUUCCCUGAGCAACACUUCCGCCUCCAAUUCUUCCGCGACCGCCCUCCGGCGUCACAAUGUGCCGUUCCACAAGCGGUUGCUCCAUUCGCUGGCAUCCACCGCCUCCUCCUCGGCCACGUUUAGAGCCAAAAACCACAGCAACACCACAACAGACACCAAUAUACCAAAACAAAGACAUCUGGCGAAUACACCUCAUGGAACGCCACAUGGCGGAGCCUCAACGUACUCCCGGAAUUCCUUGGGCGGCGACUCCUCAAUGCCGGUUGCCUCCGUAGAAUCACCGGCCACACCCGCUCCCUCUCCGCAUCCCAAUUCGGCGCACUCUCAACCGACAUCCGUGCCGCCCGCUGAGCAACUACUCAACAUGAGUCCACAUGCGCCCACUUCCGUUUCCAACCUGCAGCAGCCGCCGACGCCCAUUGACCACCUGCUGGAUAAAAAUACACCGGCGCCUACGCCAACGGACCAGCACGACAACAAGAGCAUUACGGCCUCGCCUUAUGUCCAUCAGACGCCCAGCGUGGAGCCGCCCUCCUAUACGGAUCAUGCAUCCGGCGGAGGAGCAGUUGGUGGGCAAUCCAUGGGCACUGGUCCGGGUAGUGUGCCCGCCCAUCAACCGGCCACGCCCACAGCGGCAACGUCAGCUGGUUCCUGUGGAGGCUCAAACCCAGUUGGAGGAUCUGCAGUGGGUACCAUCAGCGUUAAAAAGCUGGAGAUGCAACAGCAGACUCCGUCGGCAGCAAUGGCCAUCAAACAGGAAGCGGGUGCUCAGGGCCGGGGGACAGGAGCGGUCACCUCCACCGCGGAGGCCAUGAACGACUUAAGGCGACUGUACAACCCGCCGAAGUUGACGUUAAAGGAUCCGGACAGCUUUUACGAUGACGAGUGGCUCAAGGAGGUCAUUUAUGACUUUCAGUACCAGGAAAACUGGGACCAUCCGUCGGAGAAGCGUCCGAAACUGGAUAAACAACGCCGGCCCAGGUAUGCCAAGAACCUCUACGAGGGACAUACGCACGUAAAGCCUCUGAUGCCCUCGCCGGGAUCAGUUUAUGGCUCACAGCUUCUCUCCUUGGAUGUGUCGGCGACGUCAGCGGGAGGAGGCGUUGGAGGAUCAGCGACGGGCGGUUCCAGCGGUGGUUUAGUGGGCAUUGCCAACAGUACCGCCAAUGGCAGUGAUGCAGAAACCGAGAGUGGUAGCAGCUUCUUCCAGGGAUUGGACAUUAAGACAGAGCCCGGUUUGCAUUCCCCCACGUGCAAGGAGACUUCGAAAUCUUCGGGUGGAGGGAACAGCAGCGGUGGAGGAAGCGGUAGCGGUGGUAAUCUCUUUACUGCCGAGGGACUGAAUCCCUCGCUCAACGAUCUGGAGCAGUUGUUCGAGACGAGCUCCAACGAUGAGUGCAGCAGUGUGCAGAUACACACGCCACCGGACUCAAAUAAUCCCUCGAACGGCGGAUGCAGUGCUGUGACCAAUACGAUCGAAGACCUCAAACGGAGCACGGCGGUGGCCAGUGCGGUGGUGGCAGCGGCAGCGGCGGCAGCAGCAGCGGCGGCCUCCGGAGCGGGCAAUAUCCAGGCGGAGGAUCUCACCAAGAUGUUUCCCACACCGCCUUCGCACGAGCAACAACACCCGAACUCGAGUCCGUGCCAAACGGACGUGGUCAUGACGGAUCUCAGUGUGGACACCACCACAAACAGUAUAACCAGCAGUAGCAUCACGACUACCUGCAAUACCACAAUUACGAGUAGUAUCAACACCACCACUGGCUGUACCAAUACCAACAAUACCAGUAUUAUCCUGGCAGCCGUACAAGCUCCCGUCACCGUGGUGGCCAUCCAGACUGUCUCCAAGCUGGUUAAGCAGGAGUAUAACUUGGAAUUGGGUAGCCCGGUGGAGGAGCCUAUCGAUGACUGGAACUUUGUCUACCGACCUCCGCAGCAGGAGAAGUUUGUGGGCUCAACGCGCUAUGCUCCAUUGACCAACCUGCCUAGCCUAACGCAGCCGCCUUUGAGUCUGCCUCCCGGAUGUAUAUAUCAACCCACUUGGAGUAGUCAUAAAUCCAGGGCAGUCACACUGGCCAAAGCAGCGGCGGCUCAACAGCAGCAGCAUCAGAAGCAUCAGGCCCUGCAGCAGCGCAUCCAAUUGCAUCAGCAAAAGUUACAGCAGCUCCAGCACCAGCAUCAUCAGCAACAGCAACAGCAGGCGGCAGCUGCAGCAGCAGCGGCGGCAGCGGGAGGAGUUGGCCACCAGAAACACCAGCAUCAGCAUCUUCAUGAUCUGCUCUCGGCGGCGCCAAGGACACCACUUACACCCUCGACUGUGCCCCAACCGUUGAGCAGUGGCGGAAGUCAGUUGCUGCUGAAUCAGUUGAAUUGCCCACAGGCGCCGCCCGGAAGCUCCAUGCAGCAACUGAUGCAGCGAGCGGGGAUGUCGCCCAUUUCACCGGGUCCCGGUAUGAGCCAUUAUGGCGCCAGGAGCAGUCCCAUGUCGAGGGCGACCCCCACGCAUCCGCCACCGCCAUAUCCAUAUGACUUGGCCGUGGCCAGUCCAGCCACCUCCACAUCCUCGUACUUGAACCGGCCACUCCACUCGCAGGAGCAUCCGCACAUGCAUGGUAUGGGCGGCGGAGGAGCAGGAGGCGUGGGUCCCGGAGCAGGAGCCGGCGGACACAUGGGCAUGAUGCCCUACACUGGCGAUGCGGGCAUUGCCAGUGGGGGUCCAGCGGUGGCAGCCGGUCCCUCAAGCUUGCUCCAGGAAUUACCAGAAGUGAACUCUGUACUAGUGAACAUCCUGCUGUACGAUACCGCCUUGAACGUGUUUCGCGAUCACAACUUUGACAGCAGCAGUGUGUGCGUGUGCAAUGCGGAUACUCAGAAGAUUGGCAAUAUACGGGGAGCGGAUUCCGGAGUUUAUGUACCCCUGCCCGGCGUUAGCUUCAAUCCAUUUCCGACAGGAGGUGGAGCACAAGGAGCUGCGCCUGCACAGCGGAUUCAGAAUGGACCCAGCUCCGCUGGUUUUGGCGGCAUGCGGAUGAUCAGUGCCUUUGGGGGUUCGCCGGCCUCCGCCUCGAUGCCCGGAGCUGGCUCCGGGCAUGGCCAUGGCCCGAACGGCGGCUCCAACUCGUCGUCCUGCACGCCGCCCAGCAGUAACGUCCACAUCACUGGAUAUGUGGAUGAUGAUCCCGUAGAGUGUACAUGUGGUUUCAGUGCAGUGGUUAAUCGAAGACUCUCCCAUCGCGCUGGGCUCUUUUACGAGGAUGAGGUGGAGAUUACAGGCAUAGCGGAUGAUCCGGGCAGGAAUAAGCAGCCUUCGUUGCUCAGUAUCAUCCAGAGUCUGGGGAGGAAGAACCAAAUCAAACCGGGUCCGGGUGAAACGAGUUCCGCUUUGGAGAAGGCCGGAGCAGGAGGUGUUUCAAGUGGACAACUGGAGCAACUGGCUCAUGCUAUCUUCGACCUGCUGCUGGAUCAGUGCUCCAUUAUCCAGACAUCCAGCAGUUCCGUGCACCGAGCUCUUCAAUCCCAUCGGAGGCGAAUGUCCCGUCAGCGAAGGAUCUUCGGCACCAAUGGAGCACCCACCGCCUCGUUGGCUUCGAUUGCCAAUGUUCUAGAGUUUAUGGAUGCGCACGACGUGAUCAGCUUGGCAUUGGAACAGGCGAGAUUGGCAUUCGAGAACCAACGGAUGGACAACAUGAUGGACUUUCACGGGAACGGGAGUAGUAGCUCCCAUCAGCAGCAGCAACUCACUGCCUUUCAUGUACCACCGCCUGCCCUGCGUCACAAGCUGGCGGGGAUUGGUGCUGGUCGGUUGACAGUCCACAAGUGGCCAUAUCUUCCCGUGGGAUUCACCCGAAGCAACAAGGAGAUUGUGCGCACCAUGAACGCCAUACAGCCAAUGCUGCAGAGUGCCUUCCACUGCAAGUCAAGGGGUGGCUCGGGCUCCAAAGAUGCCAGUUCGUAUAACACGGUGAGUGGACCGCUCACUUGGCGGCAGUUCCAUCGACUGGCAGGCCGUGCAUCCGGACAAUGUGAGCCACAACCAAUACCCUCUGUUGUGGUUGGUUACGAGAAGGAUUGGAUCUCGGUGGCACCGCACUCCAUCCACUACUGGGAUAAGUUUCUCCUGGAACCGUACUCCUAUGCUAGGGAUGUGGUCUACAUGGUGGUGUGUCCGGAUAACGAGCAUGUUGCGGGUUGUACACGCAGCUAUUUCCGUGAGUUAAGUAGCACCUAUGAGAUGUGCAAGCUUGGCAAACACACGCCGAUUCGCGGAUGGGAAGGGAUCCUGCAAGUGGGAGCUUCUCGCAAUAUUCCUACGGAUCGUGAAGUCACUCCAUUGGACGACUGGUUGCGUACUCUUGAGCAUACUGCUCUGGCCGAACAAAUCCGUCGUUAUGCAGUAGCUUUUAUUCACCAGUUGGCUCCUUAUUUGAGUCGAGUGCCUAAUGAUAAAACGCUGCUGAAUCCACCGGACGGUUCUGGAAACUCAAACUCCAAGGGAUGCGGAACUUCCUCCUCAAACACCCUAUCAUCCACUGGCUUACCUGGCGGCGAUUUGCCUACGGAUAAUAUCAAGCUGGAACCGGGUACCGAACCUCCAGUUCAGCCGAUGGAAACCAACGAAAUAAAGCAGGAAGCAGGGACGGGAAAAGGAGCCUCUGCAGCAGGGGAUAGCAAACCUGCCCUGAUCCUAGGAGAUCCCUUGGGCAUGGGCGAGACCUUGGAGGACAUCAACCCAUCAGCCAUUGUUCUUUAUGUGGUGAAUCCGUUCACUUUCGCCUCGGAUAGCUGCGAACUGGAGCGACUGGCCUUAAUUGCCCUACUGCGUUGCUAUGCGGAACUUCUGAAAGCUGUUCCCGAUUCGGUGCGAGCGCAGAUGAACAUCCAGAUUAUAUCUCUGGAAUCAGUUAUGGAACUGGGGCCCUGUGGCAAUAGAAGGCGCUUCUCCGACGAGAUCAAGUGCCUGGCUUUGAACAUUUUUUCGCAGUGCCGGCGACAUUUGGUUCACGCUCAAUCCGUAAAAAGUCUCACUGGCUUUGGAACGGCAGCCAAAAUGGAGGCCUUCCUUAAGACCAAGGACGAGCCCAAUCGCCGGGCCUACAAGAUGUACACCGCUCCCUUUGUUUUGGCGCCAAUGCACGAGAGGAAUGACAAAACGGACUUCUCCAGAUCGGCGGGCAGUAUGCAUGGCCAGAACGAACACCGAUAUUCGGUCAUGUAUUGCAAUUACUGCCUGAGCGAAGAUCAGGCUUGGCUGUUGGCUACCGCCACAGAUGAAAGGGGCGAAUUGCUGGAGAAGAUUUGCAUCAAUAUCGAUGUGCCGAAUCGUGCGAGGAGAAGGAAAGCUCCCGCUCGCUAUGUGGCACUGAAGAAACUGAUGGACUUCAUCAUGGGAAUCAUCUCGCAGACAUCGCAGAUGUGGCGUUUAGUCAUUGGUCGUAUUGGAAGGAUUGGACACAGCGAGCUGAAGUCUUGGAGUUAUUUGCUGAGCAAGCAACAGCUCCAAAAGGCAUCCAAGCAAUUUAAGGACAUGUGUAAGCAAUGUACAUUGAUGUACCCACCCACCAUUUUGAGUGCCUGUCUGGUGACCUUGGAACCGGAUGCCAAGCUACGCGUGAUGCCCGAUCAGUUUACGCCGGAUGAGCGCUUUUCACAGAUCUCCAUGCAGAAUCCGUUGGCGACGCCACAGGACGUUACCUGCACCCACAUCCUGGUCUUUCCCACCAGCGCCGUCUGUGCGCCCUUUACCCGCCAAUUCCAGAAUGAGCCGCAAGUUGAGGACGAUUUCCUUAACUUCGAAGAGGAGGGCAACGAUGACUUCAGCGAUGCGGAAAUUGGCGAUUUCUUCUGGGACCCUCACAUAGACAGAGUUUCCAAUCAUGGUAGUCCAGGACGCAUGGACGACAACCGCAGUUGGCAGAGCGCCGGUGGCAAUAACUUCAAGUGCACACCGCCUCAGGAAGUGGAGGAGGUUGGUUCGCUCAAUCAACAGCCAAUUUCAGUGGGCUACAUGGUGUCCACAGCGCCAACGGGUCGAAUGCCCGCUUGGUUCUGGUCCGCCUGUCCGCAUCUGGAAGAUGUAUGCCCCGUGUUCCUAAAGACAGCCUUACACCUCCAUGUGCCCAGUAUACAGACUGCCGACGAUAUUCUCAACUCGACCAAUGCCCAUCAGUCGGCAAACGAUCAUCCGCUGGACUCGAUUCUCACGGCGGAUGUGCUGCGCUUCGUCCUCGAGGGAUACAAUGCCCUUUCCUGGCUGGCCCUUGACUCCAAUACACACGAUCGCCUCUCCUGUCUACCCAUCAAUGUCCAGACGCUGAUGGAUCUGUACUAUCUGACGGCUGCCAUAGCCUAAGAUCCCGGGACUACAGAUUCUAGAUCUCCGAUCCCCGGAUCAAUUCAAAACUCAAUCAAUCAAACGCAGUCGCAUGCUUCCGUUUGCAGAACUUCCACUAGCUAUACCAACUUCAAUGAACAGGAGAAUAGAAAACCGAAAAGACCUUAAACAGAAUCAACACCAAGCAACCAAGAAUCGAAGUUAACAGAAUCCAAAAACACCAACAGAACAACAAGAGCAAUAGCAGCAGUUAACGCAACGCACAGAUUACUUAGCAUAAUCAACAUGAAAACAAAACAAAACAAGAGAUCACCGAUGAGAGCGGCGGAUAUAACUUUAUCGUCUACCGAUAAGUCUUGAACAGCAACAGCAUUACUAUUUAUUAAUCGUCGAGAAUUUGUAAAAGUGUCAAGUGCAAGAAUUGUUUGUUUAAUUUUAUUUUUUUAUACAUAUACAUAGGCUGGCGUUCGAUUAGUGUUUAAUAUUUAUAAAUAUACAAAAAACGAUGAGCGAAUGAGAAAUAGCGAAAAGCAAACAACAAACAACCACACACAUGUAGGCAUAUAGGUCAUAUAUACAAUAGCGGCGUGGAGAAAAGCGAGUAACAUAUUUAGGUUAAGUAACAAAGUUUGUACAUAUUUACAACAAAUUCGCCGUAAGCAGCAAGUGCAGCAACAAAGCAAAACAGAAGUGUAAUUAUACAAUUAGUAAUUAGUUUACAACAAAUUGAACGAGGAGGAGGAGGAGAUUAAGGAGGCCCUAUUUAAAUCUAAUAAAUUAAAUCAAUAAAUUGUGUAAAUUUUUGUGCAAAGCGAGAAUUAGUUUAAAUUUAAAUUAUACAAGAAAGAAGUGUAAAAACCAACCCCAAAACAACCCAAACACACGCAUUAAACACCCCCACACGAUGGAAACAAACAAAACAUAUAAAUUAACUGAAACGGUAUACUGUAAAUUGCAUAUAUAAAAACUAUAUAUAUCUGGACGCCAAGCGCAGAUGAUGAAGGACGAGUAGGAGUAAGAGGAGGACGAGGACAGGAUUUAGAAUUAGGAUGAGCGUUAGGAAGAGUUUUAAUUUCGUGUGUUUUUUUGUUGUCUCUUGUAUUCGUAUAAUCCUAGGGAAACAUUUGUACUUCACACAGAUACUGAACACACCCACAAACAAACAAACACACACACCACUCACAUAGCCAAUUUUCUAAUAAUGAAAUACUUAAACGAAAAUGUGUACAAAUUAAUAAUAAUGCUUGUAAAGAACGGGAAAGCUUUCUACACUCACCAACAACACAACAACCACAAUUGAUUUUGCACGUUGAAACGAUUUUCGCUAGGUUUAAGUUUAAAACAAAAUCAAUUAAGUAAAAAAAAGAAAACAAUUAUUAAACAAUGAAAUUAUUUUUACCUGUGUAUUUUAAUUAGCAUAAAUUGUGUAAACAACAAAACCUACGAUUACAAAGACGUUUUCUAGUAAUUAUCAACACCAACAUAAAAACACACACACACACCCCACAUGCAUAUCUUUUAAGUAGUUUCGAUUUCAUUUAGUAUUCUAUUAUUUGUGUAAUAAACCGAACUUAUUUGCAAACCUAAUUUUUCAUUAUUUCAUUUCAUUGCCCUAUCCUAUCGCUCAGAUCUCCCCGAUCCCCCGUAGAUCAUCCAUAUCUAUAUAUCACGCAAGUGCACGCUGUAAAUAAGGAACCGCUUACAAUCAUUUUCUAGAGAUCGAUAUUUAUUGUGCUUGCCGAGUUUUUCCUAGCUAAGGUUUCAGUUGCCACACACUCUCUCAUUCAUUUCCCGGGAAAUCGAAGACCCGGGCGCCAAUAAAAGCAAAUAAUUAUAGCAAUAAUUAAGUGUAAAGCACAACAAAUGUUUAACGAUUAAAGAAAAAACCAACUCGAAACAUUUACAGCAACAAUUGACAACAAGCAUUCGUAGCAAACAAAACCAAAAAAAAAAAAAAACGGAAAAAAAUAUAUAUGGAUUAAAAACCAAAAUGGGAACAGUUUUUUAAUAAACAAACUCAGUUUACGAGUUGAAAAUUUUCUAAAUAACGAUUAGCUUAAAUCUAAGGACAAACCACAAUUCACUUGGAAUGGAAGUUAAGGAAAUGCGAGCGACUACAAGUUAUACACGUUCAUUGUAAAGUUAAUUAAGGGCAAGUUUAAGGCUUGAGAACUAAUUAAAGAUUAAAAAAAAAAGAAAAACCACAAAAAGCAAAGGAAAAUACAAACAAAAAAGUGCAUUAAGCGUUGACGAGGAAAACCAUUUACUAGCCUAGCCUAAAAGUAUGCAAUUAUUAAGUUAAAUUAGUUUCGUGGGCAUCCAAACAAUGAGAUCCCAAAAAUCCAAAAGGACGAAGGACGAGAGGAGCAAUUUGAAAUGAAGACAGACAUUUGUUUAUAAAACAAAUGAGCGCAUGUUAUAGUCACCAUACACACUAUAUAUAUAUAUCGAGAUUGGAUACGAGAACAUGAAUGUCAAAAUCUAGCUACAGAAUUGCAUAUUAUAUAUUAUAUACAAUUAAAUAUUAUAUAAUGGGCAAAAACAAAAUGUUGUUGUAGUAAAAUUACAAUUAAGUUUUGUUUUGCUACCAAGUCAGAAAAGAAACAUGAGCAAAAUCGAUGAGCAAAUAGCAAAGGUCAAAAAUGGGUCAAAUUUUAAAUGUGCAAAGCAAACACGACAAAAAAAAAACAAGAAAAACAAAUGACAAACGAAAUGCAAUUUUUUGUAAUUUCUUUACAGAUUAUAGAUUUGUUUGGCAAGCAGGCGAUAACAAAUACAAACUAAAAAAUACAUUUUUCAAAUAAAACUAACAUCAAAUUCAAAAAA